AUGAUGGAUGUCCCUAUACCCGACCAGAGACCCCCUCCCUGUCAGCCCUGGGCUGUCCAGAAUGGCUGGCCCAAGCUCACACCACCAGGAUCCGUCCACCACCCACUGCCUAGCUUCCACCAGCUAAAUCUGGGCUCGCCUCCUGACCAGAACCCCUGCUUCAGCUACCUAUCCGGCGAGCCCCACCCCAGAGAUCCUGGCGCCUGGUCCCCUACAAAGCGAAUCGUUCCCGGGGAGAGUCACGGAAGGAUCGCACCUCCCUUUUCUCUUCCUCUUACAAAUGAAGCGACACAGCCUCGCAACUCCCAACAACCUUAUUCGUCUCACUGCUCUUUCCAAGCUGCAGCCCCCCCGUACCAGCUGCCGAUUGCAUACCAGGCUGAGCAAUAUUCAAACCAGAGGGAAAGUUUUAUCCCUCGGCCUGUGCUGGAUGGAGCAAAUCUUGGGUCUUCCAUUGGAUUUAGUCAAAAUCAUGCCUCGCCCUCCUCUCCCAUCCAACAACAGCCUCACUGGACACACUCCAAGGGAGCCAUAAGUGAGAUGAGUCCCAGUUCAGUUGCACAGGACAGAGCUUUGACCCCACAGUCUCCAGGCUCUGAGUCCCGUUAUGGUCUGGACCCGGAGCUGCUGCCCAGCGCUGUGAAGGUGGUGGCAGAGGACAGGGCAGAGUGGGAGGGCAAGGUCUUCGUCUCGGAGCCAUUUUCCCGUCUUCCUCCCCUGGCUUCCACUUCCUGUGUCAUCGAGGACAAAGGUAAUGCCAGUCCCCUCGCCCUCCGCUCCACCUCCUAUUGUGUGCCGUGUGAGGGUCAGACAGCCCUGCUCACCCAUCUGCCUCUGGGAGUCCUGGUCACUCCACUAGCGAGAGGAAAUUCCAGAGAGAAGCCCCUCCCUGUACGCAACGCCACAGAUUGCAUUGUGGGUUGUGGUUGGUGUGGGGCUUCGAUGUGCCCGGCCAUGGGCUGGCAGGACUGUGGGCAACGGUUUUACUGCCCCUUCUGUGGUAAACUCACUGAGGUGCCAUGGCAACACUACCAGCCCACCCAAGGGUCGGAGGGGGUCCGAGUAGAUAAAGACACAAGACCUGAACUCAGUCUGGGGUCAUACGAAAUGCUUACCUCUAAGGAUGAACCCGCUGCCCUGCUGCUCGCCAUAGACGUGUCUCCCUCCGCUCUCAGGGGAGGCAAUUUGGAAUUUGUGACACAACAGAUAAACGCAAUGCUCGCCUCUUUGAAAAGGGGGGAAGGUGAGUCCCUGUCAGAGGUGCGUGUGGGUCUGAUGACGUAUGACAGCAGGAUCCACCUGUACGACCUGAGUCCCGACCUCUCCCGUCCCCACAUGCUCGUGGUGACGGAGACGGAGGACCUGCAGCUCCCCGUGAGGGGUGGGCUCCUCGUGUCCCUCAAAGACUGUCUAGAAUCCCUCAGCAGUGUGUUGCAGCUCAUCCCGCAGUUCAGCGUAGACGGUGAUGACUCCAGUGGAGUUCCAGUCGACCUGCCAGUGAAAGCGGGCCUCGCCGUGCUGCAGGGCCUCGGGUGUCCCGGAAAGCUGCUGAUCUUCCAUUCUUCUGGCCUGAUUGAGACGGUUAACUCAAACUCCUCCUCCGGGUUCUUCGGCACCAACAAACCAAAGUCCAUCUUUCAGCCGUCGGAACAGGCCAUCUCAUUGGCCAAAGAGUGCGUCCGGCAGGGCUGCGGCGUUCACCUGUUUGUCCUCUCCCAGCACGAUGUGGGCGGGGCCUGGCCGGGCCACGUCCCGCACCUGACAGGCGGCGCCUUGCUCUGCUACAGCCAUCUGCAGGGGGAGCCGGACAGAGAGCGUUUCAGCGCAGACCUGAGGCGAACGGUGGAGACGGACACGGCCUACAAGGCCGAGCUCAGGAUCUUUGUCAGCAAAGAUCUGCGUGUGUCCGGCUGUUAUGGGCUGUUUGUGCCCGGUCCGAGCCCUGGACACGUUGCCAUGGCGACCCUGGACAGGAGGACCACGCUGGCCGCGGAGCUAGCUUACACCAGAGCUCUGGAUGAGACCAGAGGUGCAGCCAUACAGGUGGUUUUGUCUUACAGCAACCAGGCAGGAGAGAAGAGGACCAGGGUUCACACUCUGACUCUGCGCUGCUCACGCCACCUUCAGGACACUUUCAGGAACUUCCAGGCCCAAACGCUGCUCGCCUUUUACUGCAAGAAGAUGUACUGUUCGGCGCUGGAGCGCCCCCUGCAGGAUUUGAGGGAGGAGCUGCAGACUGAGGUGACACAAGCGCUGGCGUCCUACCGCAAACACUGCUGCUCUUCCUCUGUGUCGUCUGGGCAGCUGGUCCUGCCUCAGUACCUGCGGGCCCUCCCUGUUUACGUCAACAGUCUGAGGAAGAGCGAGGUGCUUCUGCCCGGCCUGCGGAGCUCCGUCCACCAGAGGCUGCAGCAGCACUCUCAGGUGCUCGGCCUGGACCUCCCCAGCACCGUCACACACUUCUACCCCCGGCUGCUGGCCCUGGCGCCCCCCCCCUCGGGGGAGGAGCUCCGCUGCUCCGCCUCCAGCCUGGAGCCCCGGGGACUCUAUCUGGUGCACGCCCCCCUCGCCCUGCUCCUCUGGGUGGGCUCCCAGGUCCCAGCAUGCACCCUGGUGGAGCUUUUCAACGCCAGCUGCUUCUCCUCUCUUCCCUCCGGAGAGACUAAGCUGCCAGCGCUGGAGAACCCCCACUCGGCCAGCGUUCGGUCCCUCAUCCACUCUCUGGACAGCCAGAGUCUCUGCGCGCGCCGGCUCUUCGUGGUGAAGCAGGGCGACAGCUGUGAAGAGGCUCUGCAGCGCCACCUGGUGGAGGACAAGAGUCCCAACGGAGGGGCGUCCUACGCCGACUUCCUCUACCACCUCCACGUCAACUCAGUCCGGCUGCUGCAGUAA